UCCUCAAUGGCCAAUAUCACGGCUUACGGCGACGACGAAUACCCAAUAAACAAAACAGAUUUCAGAGACAAAAAUCUCAUAAACAAUGAACAAUAACGUCCUCAAAUUCCAACAUCACCAACCUUCUCAUCUCCGAAUUUCCCAAACUACCCUUCCCCGCCACCCUACUUCCCUUCUUCACCUCUUUCCCAAAUUAUCCUUCCGACCAUCUUCAUUUUCCUUGUCCAAAACCUCCCGGUCCUUCAAAUUUUCGAGCCUUUCCAAGGUCGAACAGCCGGUUUAUUUCGACGAUGAAGAAGAGAGAGGAGGACCCAGCAAUGAGUCGGUUGUGGAAUUCGAAGACUUGGUACAAAACGGCGUCGUUUACAGGGAGACGCUGAGAUUGGUGGAGUGUUCCAUGUUUGCUGCUGUUACUGGACUUGUUUACUUUUUGAGCAAUUCCCUUGCAAUUGAGAACUACUUCGGGUGUUUCUUUUCAUUGCCGAUCGUGAUCUCCUCUAUGCGAUGGGGUGUUGCGUGUGGGAGGAAACAGUUGGUGGCGACGGUUUUGUUAUUGUUUGUCUUGUCUGGCCCGGUAAAAGCCAUAAACUAUCUGCUUACUCACGGAAUACUUGGUUUUGUAAUGGGUGCUUUAUGGAGGUCGGGAGCUGAUUGGACUGUCACGAUUCCGUUGUGUACACUUGCUCGAGCGAUCGGUUUGGUGGGCUAUGUCUUGACAACCUCUUUCUUAAUUAGAGAAAACAUACUGGCUCUGAUCACCAUAAACAUUCAUGCUUCUCUCUCGUACAUUUUUGCUGCUGUUGGUAUCAACUUGAUUCCAUCAAUGAACUUCAUAUAUACCUUAUUUGGGAUUUUGGUUUUGCUCAAUAGUGCCUCCUUUGUGUUCUUGCUGCACCUCUUGUAUUCAUUGUUCCUUACAAGAAUGGGAAUGAAAACUUCAUUGAGAUUGCCAAGAUGGUUCAAGAAAGCUAUAUAAUGGUAAUCUACGUUUACUCGGACUUUUCGUUAACAUGCCUGUAUUUGCUUCAUAUUCGAACAUGUGUAUAAGAAUAUGAUUCUUCAAAUAUAUAGAAAAACAGUAAAUGUACUUGAGAGGUUCCUCUA